UACUCUUCAGUUCUCAGUUCACUCGUUGGUGUAAACCUAACGCUGAACUUCAUUCCCGGCAGAAAUUCGAUCAUCUUUUUCCGAUGUUACGAACCCACGAAAUCCAUCGGUUCGAGGGGGCGAUCGUUUCUGUUUGUUCGUCUGAUUAGUAGGAAUCUCACCAUCGACGAAAGACGCAGCUCUGAAUUAUAAGGCGAACAUAAUUCUGAGAGUCUGCGGCCUUCGAGCUUCGAAUCACUUCAUAUGGGUGGGAAAAAUCUUCAGCCGGAGGUCGUUUUGGAAGAAUGGAAUGGUUCUUCUUCAUCGGAGCUUCGGAAGACUGCUACCAUAUCCGCUUCUCCUUCCCUCUCCAUCCAAAGGUCUGGUUCCCGUUUCCGACACGUGGGGAGACGAUUCUUUGACGCGUUUGUGCCGGAGGGGUUUCCUAGCAGUGUGACCCCUGAUUACGUUCCUUUUCAAAUAUGGGACUCAUUGCAGGGUCUAUCAACAUACAUAAGGACCAUGCUCUCUACCCAAGCUCUCCUGAGCGCCAUUGGGGUUGGAGAGAAAUCAGCGACUGUCAUUGGUGCCACAUUUCAGUGGUUUUUGAGGGACCUAACAGGAAUGCUUGGAGGUAUAUUAUUCACAUUUUACCAGGGAUCUAAUCUAGACAGUAAUGCGAAAAUGUGGCGCUUGGUUGCCGAUCUCAUGAAUGAUCUUGGAAUGUUGAUGGACCUUGUUUCCCCCUUGUUUCCUUCAGCAUUUAUGCCCAUUGUUUGCUUGGGGAGCCUGUCAAGAUCAUUCACUGGUGUGGCAAGUGGAGCUACUAGAGCUGCUUUGACACAACAUUUUGCCCUUCAGAAUAAUGCUGCUGAUAUAUCUGCUAAGGAAGGAAGUCAAGAAACAGUAGCAACGAUGAUAGGCAUGGCGAUUGGUAUGCUUCUUGCUCAUAUCACCAUGGGAUUCCCGCUGGCCAUCUGGCUUUGUUUUCUAUCCCUCACUUUGUUCCAUAUGUAUGCAAAUUACAAGGCUGUUUGUUGCCUUGCCCUGACUUCACUCAACCCUCAGAGGUGUUCAAUAGCUUUGCGGCAUUUUGUUCUGACCGGCAAAGUUCUCUCUCCUGAACAGGUUUCUAAGAUGGAGCAUGUUUUACCCUCAUGGGCUUCUUCAUGGAGUGUAAGGAGUAUUACGAUGGCUCAUACACGUGUAAAAUUAGGAGCGAGGAUCUCUUCACUUCAUCACACUGAAAUGAAGGAGCUGUUGCGUUUGGCAGGGGCUAACAACAACAAAGGGAAGUACCUUCUAGUGGAGAGGAAGGGAAUUAUCAGUGUUGUUGCACAUAAAGAUGCAACUGCCAAUGAUAUCUUCCAAUCAUUUGUUCAUGCACUUGUUAUGGCUUCUGUUCCUGAUCAGGAAUCUAGGCAUUUGGAAAGCAUCUCAUGGAUGGACAAACAUUAUGAAAGUUUUAUUCAAAAGCUGAAGAUAUCAGGUUGGAAAACGGAUCGCCUACUAUCUCCUUCUGUUUGUUGGAGGGCAAACUGGGUCUGCCCCAUGGAUGAGAAGAUUGAUUAAAUGCCAGAAGCCAUUAACCAAAAAAGAGCAGCAGAAGAAGGUAAUGACUAAUUUGAACGGAGUUAAAACUGUUUCAAGUUCAACAGAACAUAGUGGCAUAUUUACCUUAUGAAUUGUUUCAUCCAUGCUUGGAUGGUGCAAAUCUGCUUACAGAUACAUUCUGGCCAUGUGAUCAGCAGUCAUUUGAUUACGGUGUUUGAAAUUUUGCAACUAUCUUCCAUUUCAAGUAUCUCUUUUGACAAUACUUUGGCAGCAAAUUUUUGGAAAGAUAUACAUGAAUUCUUAUCAGCAAUCUUGCAGAAAAUGAGAGCGAUGAAUAAUUUUGGCUA